AGACGGGCAGUGCCAUGGGAAGCGAUGAUAUCAUAGCAGGGAACGUGAGCAAGUACAUUGUUCUCCCAGCUGGUUACUGUGGACAGCCCAAAAAAGGACAUCUUAUAUUUGAUGCCUGCUUUGAAAGUGGGAACCUUGGCCGUGUGGACCAUGUCACAGAGUUUGAGUAUGACCUCUUCAUCAGGCCAGACACCUGCAACCCACGCUUCCGAGUCUGGUUCAACUUCACUGUGGAAAAUGUGAAGGAAUCACAGAGAGUAAUUUUCAAUGUUGUCAACUUCAGUAAAACAAAAAGCCUCUACAGAGAUGGGAUGGCUCCAAUGGUGAAAUCCACAAGCCGACCAAAAUGGCAAAGAAUCCCCUCCAAAAACGUGUAUUACUACCGCUGCCCAGACCACAGGAAGAACUAUGUCAUGUCCUUUGCAUUCUGCUUCGACCGAGAGGACGACACUUACCAGUUUGCCUACUGCUACCCCUACACCUACACCCGCCUUCAGCACUACCUGGACAACCUCCAGAGGAGGAACAUGGACUACUUCUGCAGGGAAUUGCUGGGGCUCAGCGUGCAGAAGCGGCGGCUUGACCUCCUGACAAUAACCAGCCCUGCAAACCUGCGUCCAGGGGCUGAACAGAAAGUGGUGUUCAUCACAGCACGGGUCCAUCCUGGGGAAACUCCCUCUUCCUUCGUCUGCCAAGGUAUAAUUGAUUUCCUUGUGAGCCACCAUCCAAUUGCAAAAGUACUGAGAGACCACCUGGUGUUCAAGAUUGCUCCCAUGCUCAAUCCUGAUGGAGUUUACCUAGGAAAUUACAGGUGCUCCCUGCUGGGCUUCGAUCUGAACCGGCACUGGGCCAAUCCCUCUCAGUGGGCUCACCCCACCCUGCACGGAGUGAAGGAGCUCAUCAUCGACAUGUACAACAACCCGAAGAUUAACCUGGAGUUCUAUAUCGACAUCCAUGCCCACUCCACCAUGAUGAAUGGCUUCAUGUAUGGGAACAUCUUUGAGGAUGAGGAAAGAUUUCAGAGACAGGCUGUUUUUCCCAAGCUACUCUGUCAGAAUGCUGAAGACUUUUCUUAUUCCAGCACGUCGUUCAACAGGGACGCUGUGAAAGCUGGGACAGGCCGGCGCUUCCUUGGCGGGCUCCUCAAUGACACAUCCUACUGCUACACCCUGGAGGUCUCCUUCUACAGCUACAUCCUGGGUGGAGCUGCUCCUGCUGUGCCCUACACUGAGGAAGCCUGUAUCCUUUUGAAAUCCAUCCUCUGGCAGCACACGUGA